AUGUUGAGGCGCUUGCCGUCCAAGCUCAUGAUCGAGAGCUUUCUGGACAUUUUGAAUCAAUUCUGGCCAGGCCGCUACAACUUCGUGUACGUCCCCCAUGACAAGUCACGGGCACGGAAUGUGGCGCUGGCCUUCGUCAACUUCACUGACAGUGAAGCGGCUAGGACGGCUUUUGCGUACUUUCAGGGGCGCAGCCAUCCGAUGGAUGUCCGGCUUGGAAGUCAGAUUCGUGUCUCCCAGGCAGAUGUACAGGGCCUCAAUCUUAACCUGGCGUACUUCAUCGCAAGGAUGGAACGUGGGCGUUAG